CUGCAGAACUUUGUUGGAGAAAACUUCUUUUGCAUAUGUCCCUGAUACUCGGGUCUCGAGUCCAUGCUGCUGUGCCUCAUCUGCGUGGAGCUGCUGUUGGUCCAGGCGCCAUCAAGGAACAAAGAAACCAACCUUGAGUCUCUCCUCCUUGACCCCGUCGCCAUGGUGGAGGAUUUCAUAGUAGUACUCCACGUAGGACCCCCGGUAGCAGCUCUCCUUCAGCUCGCAGGCCGACACCGUCUGGAUGACGUCCACUUUGUUGGGGGUUUCCACCAAGGCUGAGUCGAACUCGGUGGGCACGCAGUGUCUCUUCCAGGCUUCCAGCAGCACCUUCACGUCUUUGUGGAAGCUUGUGCAAAGCCUGUCUGCUGCGUGUCUGCAGGGGAGGAGCCAGCCUGGACCUUACAAGCAGGCUGCGCAUAUUUGUGAGCGUCGUCAUGUAUUUGAACAACAAGAGCACUGCGGGCGUCAACACAGAACGAACCAAGAAGAAAGCAAAAACAAGGGCUCAGCCGUGUCCAGAGAAGAUCUUGAAACGAGUAUCCCGAAAAAAUAUGAAAAAGUUGGAGAGUAGCGGCGAGGAGCAGGAUGCGACGCAGCACACGGCCUUCGGGAAGGCCUUCUACGACCUGAGCCACUCCGAGAGGGUGAUGGACGACCUCACCUUCGGACGCCGCGUGGGACUCUACGAGCUCAGAGGAGAGAUCGGCUCUGGGAACUUCUCCCAUGUACGACUGGGGAUACAUGACCUGACCAAAGAGAGAGUGGCGGUCAAAGUCCUGGACAAAGUGCGUCUGGACAAGCGGUCGCAGUCGCUCUUCGCCUCAGAGAUCUCCUGCAUGGAGAAGCUGGCUCACCCCAACAUCGUGCGUCUCUACGAGGUGGUGGAGACCCUCAAGAGGCUCUACUUGGUGAUGGAGUACGCCGGCGGAGGGGAGCUGUUCUCCCUUAUCAGCACCAGGGGACGCCUUUCCAACUUGCAGAGCAAGCUAGUGUUUGCUCAGGUGCUGUCAGCAGUGAAGCACAUGCAUGACAGCAACUUGGUCCACCGGGACUUGAAGGCCGAGAACGUCUUCUUCACCAGCACCUGCUGCAUCAAAGUGGGCGACUUCGGCUUCAGCACCUCCUGCCGCCCCGACGACGUCCUCCACACUUUCUGCGGCUCCCCGCCGUACGCCGCCCCGGAACUGUUCAAGGAGUCGGGCUACCUGGGCGGCUACGUGGACAUGUGGGCGCUGGGCGUCUUGCUGUACUUCAUGGCCACCGCCACCAUGCCGUUCAGAGCCGCCAACACGGGCCGGCUGAGGCGUUGCAUCCUGCAGGGCUCCUACGGCAUCCCGCCGUACGUCCCCGACCCCUGCAAAGAGGUCAUCAAGGGGCUGCUGAGACCCGUGCCCGCGGACCGCCUGACCACCGCCAAGAUCGUAGCCAGCGAUUGGAUGAGAGGCGUCGAAUACCCGCAACCGUACGCAACCUGUCGCCCCACGCCAUCCCACCUGGCCGCGCCCGCGUGCCUCCUCGGUGCGGACGAUUUGAACCUUAAGGCGGCGCUGAAGGAUCUGGGCAUUGGCGAGCUCCACCUCCUGGACCACGCCGUGGACCUGAGGAGCCCCGUGACCGGUGCCUACCGCAUCUUGCUGCACCGCGCCCAGAAGAGGAGGUCGGUGGAGGCGGUGGGCUACAACUACGCGUGCACAAAGGAGGACCGGAGUCGACUCAAAUGGAUGGACGAGCGGCGCUCGGUGGUUUGUAACAUCAUGUAGCGUUCUUUGCCGUUCAAUCAAGAACCGGAACCGGAAUCAGAAUAGUUUUUAUUGCCAUCGUUUGAGAACGGGUUCUCGAACUAGGAAUUUGACUUGGCGCGACAUAAAACACAGAAUAGUUAAUAACAUGAGCUAGCAGAUCUUGUUAUUGUUCAUGUGCCUGAUGGCCGAGGGGAAAAAACUGUUCAGGUGUGGGUCUGGAUGGACCGUAGUCUCCUGCCCGAGGGGGAGAGGGGAGACUAGUUUGUGUCCAGGGUGAGAAGAGUCUCCUGGUCCUGGAGGAGAACAGGUCCUGGAGGGAUGGGAGUUCGUAGCCAAUAACCUUCUCAGCAGCACGCAGUCCAUGCUUGUCCCGGGACUGUGGCACUCGGGGAUGGACUCCAUGCUGGCCGGGUAGAACUGCACCAGCAUCUCGGUCGGCACCUUCAGUUUCUUCAGCUGCCGCAGGAAGUACAUCCUCUGCCGGGCCUUCUUGACGAGGGUUAGGGUUGAGGUCCUGGGUGAUGGUGGUGCCCAAGAAACGGAUGGAGUCCACAAUGGAGACGGGGGCGGGGAGAGUCCAUCAGGGUGAGGGCGGGACUUUCCUCAAGUCCAAGAUCAUCUCCACUGUUUUCUGGGCGUUCAGCUCAAUUAAGGCACUUAAUUGUUAAAUAAAACAGGAUUAAUCGCCAUAGAAUUUCCAGCGAAAUACAAGUUGUUUUAUAUCCCCUGACGAGCAGGGAACCCUGCGAAACAGGCUUGUAGGGAUGACGGUCCUCUCCAAGGUUUCUCAUAGUCAUUCACAUCGACGUCCCACUGGGGUGAGUUUUCCUUGCCCUUAUGUGGGCUCUGUACCGAGGAUGUCGUUGUGGCUUGUGCAGCCCUUUGAGACAUUUGUGAUUUAGGG